UGUAUAUCAUUAAAUAAGUAGAAUCAUUGCAUCAAAUUGAAUUGUGAUACCUGUUGUUUAUUACAAGAAAAUCAACAUUCUUGUGGAACUUAUGUACAAUGUAGCAAAUAUUUCGACUUAUUCUAUUUGUGGUGUUUAAUUAUCCUAGCCUUGUUGUUGGUUGUGUUACUGAUAAUUAAAUUGCGUACUAAGUAGAGAUCACAAUAAUAAGGUUUAUGACAGCUCGCCUCAUACGAAUUCAUAGAGCAUUUGCAAAGUUUAACAAAAAAACGACAAUAAUUUGA